AUACUAUUCUUUUUUAGCAUUCUGUUACCACCAGUUACCAGUUAGUUGUCGAAGGAUGCGUUGAUAUUUGAGUGAUCUCCUACUGGGCAUUGUAAUACUCAACGGUUUCCGCUAUCCAUACGAAUGAACUAUUUUUGCCGCGAGAUUUAAGGUUAAAUAACUGCAUGAAAUUUGGUUGAUGGAUAAAAUGCACUUCGUGAUAAAUUCACUCGGUAAAAGUGUGCUGACUGUUGGUUGUUCCCAAUUCCGUAGCAAACAGUGCAAUUUCCUUCCUCUGGAAUUCCCAGCGAACUAGGCGAAUUCACCCAUUGUCAACGCCCGAGAAAACGGGAACCUUGAGAAACAACUAAGAACCAUUUCAAUACAUAUGCUGCUGAUCAUGUUAGAGAAGACUUUUGUUGAUUUGCACUUGCUGCUAUACGUUUUUUAUUCGUUUUAUUUAACCAGCUAUUGAAUAGCAAACGUUGAACAAAGCGCAACAAUGUACUAACUAUUCGGACAACAUUGUUCACCAACAGAGAAAUAGAUCAUUAAAUAUUAGGAGGUAUAAUGGCAGAUGAUGAGGGUACUGAGUGGCUGCAAGAGCUUUUGCAUGAUGUGCAGCUUACUCAGUUCUUCACCAGAAUCCGUGACGAUUUACAAGUCACUCGAUUGCACCACUUUGAUUAUGUGCAACCUGAAGAUUUGGAAAAUAUUGGUCUGGGAAAGCCAGGUAUUAGAAGACUCAUGGAUGCUGUGAAAAAAAAACGUGCCAAUCAAUGGAAGAAGAGUCUUAUAACUAAAAUUAGACCUGGCAGCACAAAGAGUUCCAAACGAUCUUCACAGCCCAUUGAAACAUCUACUGUUCUAACAUGUCUCAUUCAGGACAAGGAUGUCACACUGUCAGUUAAACUGGGUGAUGGCAGUUUCGGUGUUGUUAGACGUGGAGAAUGGACUUCUCCUUCUGGACGAACAUUACCUGUGGCUGUUAAAGUUUUAAAAGCUGAUGCACUCACACAACCAAGUGUUAUCGAAGAUUUUGUAUCAGAAGUACAAGCAAUGCACACCUUAGAUCAUCAUAAUCUAAUUAGGUUAUAUGGUGUUGUACUGUCGCAGCCCAUGAUGAUGGUCACCGAGCUUGCGCCCCUAGGAGCUUUAUUGGAUUAUCUACGUAAACAGUGUGGUCAUAUUUCAGUACUCACCCUCUGUAAUUAUGCAUUACAAGUAACGACUGGUAUGGCUUAUUUAGAAGCUAAACGUUUCCUCCAUCGAGAUCUGGCUUGUAGAAACGUACUCCUAAGUACAGUUGACAAAAUAAAAAUUGGAGAUUUUGGCUUAAUGAGAGCUUUACCGCAACAAGAAGAUUGCUAUGUUAUGACUGAACAUAAGAAGGUUCCAUUUCCAUGGUGCGCUCCAGAAUCAUUAAAAGCACGGCAAUUCAGUCACGCAUCGGAUGUCUGGAUGUUUGGUGUCACUCUCUGGGAAAUGUUAACUUUUGGCGAAGAGCCGUGGAUAGGUUUAAAUGGUUCAGAGAUACUUCGUAAAAUUGACAGAGAAGGUGAGAGACUACACGAGCCUGAAGCCAGCUCACCUGCUAUUUAUCAAAUGAUGCUACGUUGUUGGGCUAGAGAUCCACUCGAAAGGCCUACAUUUAGCUCUUUAAAAGAAUCUUUAACCGUAAUGGUCCCGACUGUUAUGAAAGCGUUGAAUCGCUUUGAGGAAGCUGACAAAAUGUCUAUUGAACAAGGAGAUCAGAUUGCUAUAAUUGAUGGCAGACCAGAAAACUAUUGGUGGAAAGGUCAAAAUCAACGAACCUUCCAAAUAGCUUCAUUUCCACGCUGUCUUGUCGAUCCGAUGAGACGAAAGCAACCUGAAGACAUCAGUAAACCGUUAGAAAAUUCAUUUAUUCAUACUGGUCAUGGUGCUCCUUUUGGAAAAAGCUGGGGCAGUCCUAUAUACAUCGAUGAUGUCUACCUUCGCAAUCCUAUGGAACCACCAGACGUGGUAGGUGUCACGACAGCAGAGAAUCAAUUAAAGAAAAAAUUUCAAUAUGGAACACCACGUACACGAAAACAAUUUAAUUACACCAAACUUCAAAACGAUCUUCGAGCAAGUCCUGUUAAAUCAACAAACAAUCCGACACCUGGUAGUAGUCAAGAAGGAAGUUUAAUAGAUUUAUCACCCGAAGAAUUAGCAAAUGCAACCUCUGUACAAGCUGAUACCGCUUGUCGAAGAGUGGUGAAUAUCCUUGAUGAACCUAUUGAGACUGAAGAUACUGAAGAUGUGUCAAGACAAGAGUGCUGGCCAGAUGAAGGUGCACGACCGUAUGCAAAUUUUCCUGGCAAUGCUAAUUCUGCUGUAUCCGAUCCCUUUGACACAUCUCGCAUAUUUCUAAAUACGCCACAUUCGCGGUAUUAUAGUCACGUUACACCAGAUCUGAGCAUUCGGUACACAAAAACUUUACCACAGACUUAUGGCAACGUUCAAAAUGAAGAUGGCACCAGCAGUAGUCAAAGUAACACGUCUCAAUAUUCACAAGAUGUCAGCCAAUAUUCUAUAAGUCUAAAUAAAGACAUUAGAAGUGAAAAUACAAAUUUGAACGUGAAUUUGGAUAAUGGCGAAGGAAAUGGUUACACAGAGGAUCAUUACAGUGAGAUAGAGAAACCCAGCCCAACUUCAUUGAAUAUAUCAACCUGGCCUGAAGAUCUACAAGGUGAAGCUCAAGCUUACGCAAAUGUUUCUAGUCGUGAUCUUCCUUCAGCUAAUGGUCCUCCACCUCCACCUCCAGUGGGGCCCAAUGAAAGUCCUCCAAAGCCAAAAUCAAAUCAUGAUCUUGCUCAAAGUUUAAAUGAGCUGUCUAUAGACACCAGGCCACAAUCGUCCCCGAAGAAAUUAGAUCCAGCCUUUCUAGCAGAAUUGGAGAAGCAUCUCGGUGAGAAGGAGGCCUGCAAAAAUACUAAUGCUAAUCAACAACCUAGUUCUUCGAACUCGCAGUAUGCGUCAGUGAAUAAAUUGCAAGAAAAUUCAGGAAUUCCGAUGUUACGUCCUCCUCCUCAAUCAGCGAAACCAAAGUCACCGCAGGUCGACCAACGCGGCGCGUCUAAUCUUCCAACGAAAGUACAAAAUCAAUGGCAGUCAAAGAGCACGAAUAUUCAACGCCCACAAAGCCAGAUUGCUCAUGGAAAUUACAUGUUGGAGAGCACUACUGAUAUGAUAGUAGGGCAUAUGUGGCAACAGUCUCAUCAGUCUCAACCUCAACAGCAAAAUACUUAUCCGGCUCACCCAUCAAACAUGAGUUCAAAUUUAUUACAAUGUCAGGUGCCAGCUAGUUCAGAUUUACUUCAAAUAGCUCUGUGCAAUGUAGAACAUGCACAAAGUAACUUAGGAAACUCCUCAAGCGAUCCUAACAACUUAUCAAAUACUAGUGCUGGUCAGGCCCAGAACUUUCCUUCGACCAGUCACAAUUACAUUCAACAGCAAAGCUUUAACUUAUCUGCAUCCAGUCAGAACUCCACGCCUAAUAUUACUCAGGUACAAAAUGAUCUUCAUCAGUCGCUAGUUGGUGGUAGUCGAAAUACUUUAUUGAGGCCAUCUUCAACUUCUGGAGCAGUACUUUCUGAACAGGUAUACGCAGAAUUGAAGCAAACCGUGCCAAACCUUGAACAACUUUCUCAGAGUGAAUUUAACACCCUAUAUAACAAGACUGUUCAACAAAAUAUAUUAAGAAAUUAUCAUGGCAGCAGUAACACUCCUUCUACCAGCACUUUUGGUGUACCCUCUACUGGGAAUCAUAGUCACGUGAAAACACAACACCCAGAGACAGGCACUCUCCUGCAAGCCAAUACUCGUCAUCAUCAAACCUUACCAAGAUCUUAUUCCGCGCAAGAUCAUCCGUGUGACUUCAGUCCCAGUUUAAAGCAGCCACCGGUUUACAAUCCACCGCCUGCCUGGAGUCCUCUUAAACCGGUUCAAAACGGCUUGAUGCAGAAUCAGCAAGGAAAACUUAAUACGAACGUGACCAGCAAACAGAGCGGAAGUCCAAAUCUCAUGCAGUUUACACCAACGAGAAUGGUUCAACAACCACAGCAACAACCUAGUUCUUCAUCGUCUCAAUCUUUAACAGCCCGUAGUUUGCUUCCUCAACUUAAUGAGACAGUUGUGAAUACACAAUUGGCUCCUUCAGCUUCGGCCUAUCCCCCUGGAAUCAGUCCACCAUUGACUGGUGCUUCGCAACAAUUGGUCAUGUCAUUGAAUGACGAAUUUCGUGCCAGUAAAAUAAUGAAUGUACAGAAAGAAGCUGGAGAUGCUUCGCGACAAGAAAUUUUGGCGGCGUUACAGGCAACUGGUUGGGAUACCAAUCAAGCUGCCAGGCAGAUUGUCAAGGAUAGACAAGCCAAAAUAGAUUCUCUCUUGCGACUCGGUCUAGCUGAUCGACAUCAGUGCGAGGGUGCUCUCAAACAGACCAAGUAUGAUGUAGAAUUAGCAGCUUCUCUGCUUCUGGAUCGAACGAGAUGAAGCUAAUUGUAUACUUACAAAAUUACGGCAAAUUUUCGGGAAUUCUAUGUUCCUUAUUUUUAUCUUGCGAUUACUUACGUCACAAAAUUUGAGAAGAUCUCGUCGUAAUCUGUGACUAUAAAUAUAUUUGCGUUAUAUAUUUCGCGUUAAACAGUAUAUAUCUACAUACGAACUAGAGCCAGUUUGAAAUUACAUUACAAAAGGACGCAUUGCUAUCAAGACAAAAAAUACCGUAACACUGCACUGCUUAUUUAGAAUCACCCUGUACAUUACUUACCGAGUAUCGAAAUAUGCUUGAAAACUGAUAUUUAAUAAAUUUAUAAAGACAAGAAAUAAGAGGAAGAGAGGCGAAAACAGCACUGUAAAAAUUAUAUUUUAAAUUUAAACACGGCCUCACUUGGCUCGAAUGCUUUAUGAAAAGCACAAACAAACAUGAUAAGUUAUUCUCAUUACUUUAUUUUUGUAUUUAAGGAAUCGUCGAAAUGUGUAUGAUGAAUUUUUACAACAAUACAACUCGCUAGUGAAAUAUAGCCUAAACCUAAUAUAGCCCAAGUAAAAACAGGACAAAAAGGUAUAGCGAAGGGAUUCAAAAAUAGUAAUUAAGUUAUCCAUAUCUACUGGUGGAAAAAUCUAUCUGCAAGCCGUUUAAUCGGAAAUAUAAAAUAAAAAAAAUUGUGUUCCGACGAUAAAAAAAACUCUUGAAUCUGAUACUGUGAUAUAUGCUACUAAAGGCAGUAAACGAUAAUUUAUAUUUCUUUUUUCUUUUAUUUACUGCGAAACAAUAAUUUCGUUGUUGCAAGGCGAGAAAAUAUGUAUAGAUAUUAUAAUAAUAAUAUGGUAGUAAUAAUAUUAAAAUAACGAACAAAGUUACAUCGAUAGACAAUACUCUAUUUGCUUGACGCUACUAGAAGGAGAAAGUCUUCAAACGAACGACAAGUUUUGCAUUAUAACGAGAAGACACUCCUUUAAAUAGAGAGUAUUAAGUUUGUGUCGCAUUCUCAAAAUUUCGAAUUAAGAUAAAACUAUCACGUUAACUCGAGACUGAUGAUAAUGUAUGUGUUUGCAAAAGAAAUGAAAAUUUAGAUUAUAGCGAAAAUUGAAUUCUAGUUACUUAAUCAUGUAACGAUUUUAGCUUCGUCUGUCGUCAUCUCUGUUUUGCGGUCGUUCAAUGAAAUACUGUAAUAAUUUGGUUUUAACGCGUCAAUCUUUAAUUAAAUACUCCGAGAGAAAUCGUUAGACAAAUAGUAUGUCAGGCGUCGAGUCUAGCUUUAACUUUAAUGCGUAACGUUUUAUGACAAUUCAUUCCUUUGACUUCUGUUGAUAGUUUUUCCAGUUGCGAGAAAUUAAUCACGUGAUCCCGGCAUAUUAUUAUUGCUAUUGCGUGACCAUUUAUGAUAAAGUUUAAUGAUACGUCGAUAAUUAUUUUUGAUGCGUCGCCAGCAUGAUUUCCCCAUUCAGAGAUGUAGGUGCGUAACAUUAGUUCGUCACGUAAAAGGAUACGAUGGUUAAAUCGUUUUGAGGCUAUAAAUGUUGGUGCAGAAUGAGUUGCAUCUGACGAAUUUAUAAGCAUUUUAUAAAAAGAUUGCACCGUUUCUACAUCGGUAUGCCGAUUACAGUUAAUUUUUAAAAACGGAAAUUUUUUUUUCGUGUACUCACAAAUAACGUAUUUAAAGACACCUUUUCAAUUCCUUUGACGAGGAUUUUUGUGUCAAUGUAGUCCUGCCGUGUAGCACAAAGAUUAUUUAAACUGCGUGAAUUCAUAUUAAUAAUCAAACCCAUUACACCUUCCAUUUAUUAUAUCAUUAUACUUUGAUGUUCUCAAAACUGUAAUAUACAUAAUAAAGAUACAUUACACCUA